AUGGUGGGAUUAGCAGACAUUCCAAUCAUGGGAAAGUUUGUGGAGAAAGUAUCUGAAUAUACAGUUGAUGCAGUGUUUCGAGGUUUGCACUACAUUUGCAUCCAGCAUCUGUCUAUUCCUAAUCCCAUCUCCCGUUUUCGAAUUGUUAGGAAUGCGGUGAAGAAGGCCGAGGCAGUAACUCAACGCAUCAAUUUCGGAAAGGAACAUCUAACUGGAGGGAUUGCAUACCUUCCGGAGGUUAAAAAUGUACCAAAACCUGGGACCACGUUCGAGGACUUUCAGUCCAGAAAGGGGACAUAUGGGAAGCUCUGGGAUGCACUAGUAAACCAGAUGUGGAAUCCAGAGUGCUUGCUAUGUAUUGUCGAGAUGAUUUGGGUUCUGCGUCCUAGGUGUACUGAUGAGUAUCGUAAGGGGGUACAAGAUUUUGUUUCAAAUGGGUUUGCUAAUUUUGGGGUUGGUGCUGAACUGAAGUGCCCGUGUCUAAAUUGUGCUAAUCGUUUUUGGCACUCAAUAGAUAAUGUAUAUGAUCAUCUAGUACUUAAGGGCCCGUAUCCAGAAUUUGUCAAUUGGAUAUAUGAAAUUUCAAAACCAAAGUACCGAAAAGUUAGUGAUGAUUGUGGUAUGGGGUUUGGCUUAGGCGAGGACUUUGAUGAGAUGAUCCGUAAUAAUGCCAAAACUGGAAUGAAUAGUGAUGCCAAGAAAUUUUAUCAUCUAGUGGCGGAGGGAAAACAGCCUUUAUAUCUGGGGUCUAUAAAAUUUACUCGUUUAAGUUUUAUAAUCAAACUAUACGGAUUGAAGUGCACACAUGGAUUUAGCGAGUCUGCCUUUAGUGGUAUUCUAGAAUUAAUAAAGGAGGCCUUCCCUGAUGUAAAUUUGCCUCCAUCUUUUAACGAAGCUAAAAAUAUGAUUAGGGAGUUGGGUCUUGAUUACCAAAAGAUACAUGUAUGUCCUAAUGACUGCAUGCUAUAUUGGGCUGAAAAUGAGAAUGAAACUAACUUUAAAGUUUGCGGGGUUUCAAGAUGGAAAACACCACAAACUGGUGGACCUAAUUCCAUUGAGAAAAUCAAAGAAAGUACUCAUAAAAUCCCUGCAAAGGUAAUGAGAUACUUUCCCUUGAAACCAAGGCUGCAACGCUUGUUUAUGUGCAAGGAAUAUUCAGAACUCAUGGCAUGGCAUUCAGUGAAACGAACCAAAGACGGGAAACUUAGACAUCCUGCCGAUGCUGAGGGAUGGCAGUCCAUGGAUGAUAGAUUUCCAAAUUUUGCUGUAGAACCUCGAAAUGUUAGGUUAGGUUUAGCUUCGGAUGGAUUUAAUCCAUAUCGUACAAUGGGUCUAUCGCACAGCACUUGGUCAAUUGUUCUGGUCAAUUAUAAUCUGCCCCCAUGGCUCAUUAUGAAAUCAGAAAAUUUGACUUUGUCAACGAUAAUUCCUGGACCUGCAUCCCCUGGUGACGAGAUAGAUGUGUAUAUGCAGCCCCUGAUUGCUGAGUUAAAAGAGUUGUGGGAUGUAGGUACAGAAACCUAUGAUGCUUACCAUGACAAAACAUUCACGUUACGCGCGGGGCUCUUGUGGACGAUUAGUGAUUUUCCGGGGUACGCUGUUUUAUCGGGUUGGAGCACAAAUGGUAAACUUGCUUGCCCUGUAUGUCACUACUGCACGUCUUCAUCCUACUUGAAGCAUAGCCGUAAAGUGGUUUACAUGAACCAUAGGAAAUUCCUCCCACCUGACCACAAACUUAGGUCUGAUAAGAGGAGAUUCAAUGGUCAAGUGGAAACCAAUCUUUGUCCACCACCAUUAACUGGAAAGGACAUUGAAGAACUGUUACAUAACUAUGAAAACAAUUUUGGAAAGUUAAGGAAAAAGAAAAAGGCUACUGAUUGUCCCUGGAAAAAGAAAUCCAUUUUCUUUGAAUUACCAUACUGGAGUGGUAAUAUACUUAGACACAAUCUCGAUGUCAUGCACAUUGAAAAAAACAUUUGUGAUAAAAUAAUAGGGACUUUGUUAAAUAUAGGUGGAAAGACGAAAGAUCAUCUAAACGCUCGCCUAGAUUUGCAAGAAAUGGGCAUUCGUAACAGCCUUCAUCCCGUAAAAUCAGCUGAUAACAAGCACUAUGUAAUCAAUCCAGCUAGUUUCAAUAUGACUAAGAAAGAGAAGGAGAACUUCUGCUCAGUCUUGAUGAAUGCCAAACUACCAUAUGGAUGUGCUUCUAAUAUCAGCCGUUGUGUGCACUUGGAAGAGAGAAAAAUAUUUGGAUACAAAAGCCAUGAUGCACAUUUUAUUCUCCAGUAUUUGCUACAAUUUUCUGUUAUAAAGACCUUAAAACCAGAGGUCGCAAUACCAUUGAUAAGGCUGGGUGCAUUCUUCAGGGGCAUAUGUGGGAAAGUAGUCGAGUUGGAGGAUGUGCAGAAGUUGCAAGAUGAAAUUAUCGAAAUACUAUGCCAACUUGAAACUAUCUUUCCACCAGCAUUCUUUGAUAUCAUGGUUCACCUGCCGCUGCACUUGUGUAAAGAAAUUCAAAUUGGGGGGCCAGUGCACCUAAGGUGGAUGUUCGGAAUUGAACGAUAUUUAGCUAGAUUAAAAGGUUAUGUUCGAAACAGAAGCAAACCGGAAGGUUGCAUGGCUGAAGGGAGAAACAAUGAUGGAAGAUCAGUUGACUUGUCGGAUAAAGUGUGGAUUAAUGCGCAUCGAUACGUUCUCUUUAACUGUGGAAACUUGGAAAUUGAGAAGCUAAUCGAGGAGCAUCAUAGGUUGUAUGAUAAUAAUGAAAAUCCAAACAUGUACAAAAGAGAAAGAACACAUCAUGAAGAUUUCCACAAUUGGUUGAGACAGGAAGUUGAAAAAAAAUUACAAUGUUCUGCAGAAUUGUUUAGUUUGGCCAAGGGACCUCUAAGAUCUGCGAAAAAGUAUAGUGGUUAUGCAAUAAAUGGAUUUAGAUUUCAUACCAAGCAAAGAGAUGCUAGGUGUACGACACAAAACAGCGGUGUCUUCCUGUCAGCCCUUACUAGUAGUUAUGCAAGUUCAAAAGAUCGAAACCCGAUAGUUUCUGAAGUUAAUUACUUUGGAGCGAUUGAUGAAAUUAUUGAGGUCGAUUAUUGGGGAAUUUUAAGUGUAGUUUUGUUUAAGUGUUCUUGGUAUAAAAAAGAUAAGGAUUGUUGUGGGCUGACAAGAAUUAAUAUGAAGAAAAUAUUGCAGAAAAAUGAUCCAUUUGUUCUAGCCUCACAAGUACAACAAAUAUUCUACAUUCAGGAUUGUACUGAGACAAAUUUGUAUUUUGUUGUUAAGAAAUCGCCAAAGGAUCAGAAUGAUGCGGAGCAGGGAGAUGGUGCACUUGAAGAAGUCAGUGGACCAACAAUGCAUGAUGUUGAAGUACGCUUUCAAAUAGAAAAUGAAGAUGGUAACUGGUUAAGAGAUGAUCUUCCAAGGCAACAAAUUCUUGUGCCAGUUGAAGGAGAAGAAGAAAAUGAUGAGGACCCUGCAAAUCCCAUAUUCUAG